AUGUUUUCUAGAACUAUAGCAAGAACAGUCUUCACCAGAGUCCCUACUGCUGUUAGCAGUACUCCAUCAUUGGCCGUUGCUGCCUCAAGAACAAAGAGAAUUCACAAUAAUCUUCCAAGGGGGCAAUAUCGUGCUUAUCACCAGAAGGUCAUUGACCAUUACCAAAACCCACGUAACGUUGGUACAAUGGAUAAAAAUGACCUCAGUGUUGGUACCGGUCUUGUCGGUGCCCCUGCUUGUGGUGAUGUUAUGAGAUUACAGAUUAAGGUGAACGAUGAUACCGGGAUCAUUGAAGAUGUGAAAUUCAAGACUUUUGGAUGUGGUUCUGCCAUUGCAUCUUCUUCUUUUGCCACAGAAUUGUUGAAGGGUAAGAGUUUAGAUGAUGCUUUGAAAAUCAAGAAUACUGUUAUUGCCAAAGAAUUGUCUUUGCCACCAGUAAAGUUACAUUGCUCUAUGUUGGCUGAAGAUGCCAUCAAAUCCGCUGUUAAAGACUACAGAAUCAAGAAAGGGAAGAAAACUCCAACAUUGGGCCCUGAUGCAGUGAGUCCAUCUACUGGAGCUCGCGCUGCUGCCUGA